AUGUACUUGGAUAGCAAAGAUGACAGUACAAUUUCUAGACUACAAGAGAUGGAGCUGAAUCAGACAUCUUCACAUCAAGCCAGUUUAUCUGCAAAGGUGGCAGCCAAACCAGUGAGCAGAAGUUGCAAUGAGCUGCGGCUCUUGAAAGAGUAUCCUGGAAUGGUAGCAAGUCUUGGAGAGCCUCAGGCCCUGUGUGAACAGCCAGAAAUAGGGGAGGAUGGCUGCAUUGCCCUGGGGAAGGACUUCACUCCCGUGCCCAUGCAGGGAAGAUAUCACUUCAAUUUUUCCAAAUUAUUCAGCUCAAGGUCAAAAAACACUGGUUUUACAGAGAAGACACCACUACUGAAGGUUUCCUCAGAGGAAAAUGGGUUGCAGUGCAUGGCUCUUCAUAAUCCAGAUUUUACCACAGACGACGACUCAUGGGACAACAGCUCUGCAGAAUUUGAGCAAAGGUUUCAACUGGGAAGUGAAAUGACAAGUUUGUCCAGAUCAGCUUCUUCUGAGAAAUACGAAAUAUUGGACAGCCUUCAUGUCAAGUUCAAUUUAUCAAAGAUGAGGUGCUGUCUAAAAUUCCUAAAAGUUUCAGGCCUGUUUAUCUUUGUAGUUGUCUGCUCUAUUUUAUUUGGCAUUUAUCCAGACCAAGGUGUGCCCUGGCAGAUGUUGGCUGUAUCACCUCUGGAAAGCUUCUCUAUGAAUCUGAGUGACUCUCGUGAUUCUGCUCUCCUGAAGUUAGACAUAGGAGGCCCCUUUGGAGCACAGGGAGAUGAUGAGCAAACAGAGGAACACAUUGUGGUGCAGAUCAGCCAGAAUGAUGACACAGGAGCAAGGAGGAGGCGCCAGCAGCAGGUGGUGUACAACUGGUCUCUACCCUUAAGUUCAAGAAGAAAUCAGCAAAUCAUCACAACUAGAACCUUUCAGAUACCCAACAGAAGCACCAUCUUCAUAAACAUUCAAGCCUUCCUACAAGAGUCUGGAAGUGUUCCUCUCUCCAUGAAGCACCAAUACCUUCAUGCAAACAUAGAGGCACAAGUAACAAUUGCAUCCAUCAUCUUAGUAGGUGUCUACAUGCUGAUCAUACUGGAAAUUGUUCACAGGACCCUUGCAGCGAUGUUGGGCUCUCUGGCAGCUCUGGCUGCCCUGGCUAUUGUUGGGGAGAGGCCAAGUAUGGUCAUGGUGGUGGAGUGGAUUGAUUAUGAGACACUGGCAUUGCUGUUUGGAAUGAUGGUUUUGGUGGCCAUAUUUUCAGAGACUGGAUUCUUUGACUACUGUGCAGUAAAGGCUUAUCGGUUCUCUAGAGGGAAGGUGUGGGCCAUGAUUACUCUUCUGUGCCUCAUCGCUGCAAUUCUCUCUGCAUUUCUGGACAAUGUGACCACUAUGCUGCUCUUUACUCCAGUAACCAUAAGGCUCUGCGAAGUACUCAAUCUUGAUCCUAGGCACGUCCUGAUUGCAGAAGUCAUCUUCACAAAUAUUGGGGGAGCUGCCACUGCUGUUGGGGAUCCUCCAAAUGUGAUCAUUGUUUCAAAGCAGGAGUUGAGAAAGAAGGGAUUGGAUUUUGCAGCCUUCACAGGGCAUAUGUUUGUGGGUAUAUGCCUUGUUGUUCUGGUCUCCUUUCCUUUUCUCAGACUCCUUUACUGGAACAAAAAGCUUUACAAUAAGGAGCCAAGUGAAAUUGUUGAGCUGAAACACGAAAUCUACGUGUGGAGACUGACUGCGCAGCGCAUUAACCCUGCCAGCAGGGAGGAGACUGCAGUCAAGUGCCUCCUGCUGCAGAAGGUGCUGACGCUGGAGAUGCUCCUGAGGAAGAAGCUGAGGACGUUCCACAGGCAAAUUUCACAAGAAGAUAAAAACUGGGAAACGAAUAUCCAGGAACUCCAGAAAAAACACAGAAUAACAGACAAAAUUCUUCUCAUCAAAUGCCUGACUGUGCUGGGAUGUGUCAUUCUUAUGUUUUUUCUCAACUCAUUUGUUCCAGGCAUCUACCUAGAUCUGG